UUAUUUAACCUUCUAAAGUUAAAAGGUGCUGGGAAUGGGAAUGAAAACCUGAAGAAUGGAGAUGUUUGUCAGAAAUGUCACUUCUACAAAUAGUCCAGUGUCCAUGAGUGCUGAUUCCACAUGGGAGCAAACCCUGAGAGAUGACCUAAGAUAUUAUUUUAUGAGUCCCUGUGAGAAAUACAAAGCACGACGACAACUACCAUGGAAGCUAACUGUGCAGAUUUUAAAAAUAAUCAUGAUAACAACACAGCUUGUUUUGUUUGGACUUAACAACCAGCUUGUUGUGACCUAUAAAGAAGAGAACUUAAUGGCCUUCAAGAAUUUGUUUCUGAAGAGCUACAGUGGUGUGGAUGAGGAUGACUACAGUGUGGCUGUCUUCACCAAACAAAGCGUCUAUGAUAAUAUGUACUACGUCAUCGAUCAGUAUUCUCAGUUGGAUCAGUUAUCUGUGGCUACUGUUGGCUAUGCUGAGGAGGAUGGACAACUACUUCCUUUAGUCAUCUGUAAGGAAUACUACAAACAGGGCAGCUUGGAGCGGCCAGAGGAGUACGAUAUAGAUGCCCAAACUGAGACAGAUUGCUUAACUUUGAAUGCCAAAUCCGCUGCAACAUGGCGAGUACAUAAUGCCUCAUUUUUUGAGCUGGACUUUUACAGACUCAUCAUGAUUGAGAUCUCUUUUCCGCUUAAAGGAAUAAACCUACAAACAGUUCUUUCACAUGAGUUGCCUGACUGUUACAUUUUCAAUGUUACGAUAACGUUUGACAAUCGGUGUCAUAGUGGAAAAGUAAAAAUUACCCUGGAUAUUGAUGCUGUUAGCAGUGCGUGCAAAAACUGGAAGAUUUCAGGAACAGCUCAGAAGAACACUCAUUACCUCCUGAUCUUUGAUGGCUUUGUUAUUCUAGUCUGUCUGAUCUCUGCUGUAUUGUGCAUUCGCUCCAUUGUUCUUGCAAUCAGAUUACUUCAGAGAUUUUCCAACCUCUGCCUCAGAAAGUACAAUCAUAAAGUAUGUGAAGAUGACAAAAAAGAAUUUCUGAAUGGCUGGUACAUCUUGGUGAUUAUCAGUGAUAUUAUGGCGAUCAUAGGAUCAAUACUAAAGAUGGAAAUUCAGGCAAAGAGCCUGACAAGCUAUGAUGUGUGUAGCAUCUUCUUGGGAACAUCCACACUCAUGGUCUGGGUUGGUGUCAUCAGAUAUUUAGGAUAUUUCCAGAAAUAUAAUGUUCUAAUCCUUACUAUGCAAGCAGCUCUACCCAAAGUACUACGCUUCUGCUGCUGUGCUGGAAUGAUCUACCUCGGCUACACUUUCUGUGGGUGGAUCGUUUUAGGACCCUACCAUGAAAAGUUUGAAGGUCUGAGCCGUGUGGCUGAAUGUCUCUUCUCCCUCGUGAACGGAGAUGACAUGUUCCCGACGUUUGCACAGUUUCAGCAGAAGAACACCCUGGUGUGGCUGUUCAGCAGAGUCUACCUCUACUCCUUCAUCUCGCUCUUCAUCUAUCUGGUUCUCAGCCUCUUCAUAGCUCUUAUCACAGAUGCCUAUGAGACCAUUAAGCGCUACCAGAAGACUGGCUUUCCCAUGACGGAGCUGCAGCUGUUCCUGAGGGAGAGGAAGGACUUCCCCGAGGGGGAGGACGUGGAGAACGGAGAGACAGAUCGACCUGAUAGCCUCUGCUCCUCCAGCUCGCUGUGCAGCUGCAGACGACAGUCUUCAGGCUUCUCUCGUGUGCUAAGAUCUCCCAAAGAUGACACCAUUGUUCUUUUAAGCUAGCAGCUCCCAUAGACAUGCUAACAGGAAGGAAAAUAACAAAAUCAACCCAGGCAAGACUGUACAAUACUACCAAAACUGUGUUCUUAUUGCCUUUGCAUACUGUGUUUGAUUUAUGAAUGAGGAAAUUUUGUAUAAUUCACUUGUGUUUAAGAGAUGGAAGCAUGACUACCCACAUUUACUUAAGAGGACUACAAUAGCAUUAGUGCCCAUAAAGAUGAAGGUUUGCUGUGUUGGAUAGCUAGCAUAGGAAAUAUCAAAUGACUUAUUAUAAAGGAAAUAUGUUCAAUUAUUUAUCGGUUAACAUUUUUUUCUACAUAUUAAAACAUAUUAAAAUAUAAUUAAGAGAUA